AUGACAGCUUCACCUAAACGUUUAUUUGCGAUUAGCUUAGAGGAAAUUGGUGAUAAACCAAAAUUUGCAUGGCAAACUGGUCAUGGUACACAUAUAGCUGCUGUUGGGUCAUUAAAUGUUAUUACUAUUCGUAAUCGACAAGGUGAUGAAAUUGCUUCGAUUCCUUUAAAAGGAUCAUGUCUACAAAUGAACUGGGAUAAAGAUGGAGAUACAUUAGCAGCAAUUACAGAAAAAUCAAAUCUAGUUUAUUUAUGGAGUGCAAAUAGUCAAAAAACAAAUGUUAUUGAUACACCAGCAAAAGACUAUACUACUGUAAUAUCGUGGUCAAAAUCAUCACCUAUUCUUGCUAUUGGCACAUCUCGAGGUAAUAUUAUUCUUUAUGAUCAAUCAACAGCUAAAAAAUUACCUUUACUCGGUCAACAUUCUGGCCGUAUAACAACAAUGGCAUGGAGUAAAGAUAAUUUAUUAGCAAUAGGUGCUAAUGAUAAUCGAAUAUCAGUUAUGUCAUCAACUGGAACUGUUCUUCAACGAUGUGAUACAACUGAUACACCAAGGCAUUUAAAAUUUUCAGAAAUGAAACGAGAAAAACGAGGAGCUUAUGAAGAAAGCACAAUAAGCGCAAUUAUUGGAAAAAAACAUUUAGGCUUAUGGACUGUUGGAGAUCCAAAUAAUAGUGCAGCAUCAACUACAGGUAGUCAAUUGUUUACACUUAAUUUUCAAGAUAAAUAUGGAGAUAUUAGUGAUUAUCAAUGGUUUGGUGAUGGAUAUAUUAUGAUUGGAUUUAGUGGAGGUUAUUUUAUUGUUAUUUCAACAUAUCAUAAAGAAAUUGGUGAAGAAUUACAUAAAACUCGUGAUCAUAAAGGUUAUUUAUCAAGUAUAGCAAUAUCAACAGCGUUACAUAAAGCAGCAACUUGUGGAAAUGGUGGUAUUAAAAUUCAUGAACUAUCAGACCAAUAUGCUAUUGAUUCGAUAAUUACAAUUGAUGAAGGAAAUGAUAAUUUAUCUGAUAUUGCUUGGAGUGUUGAUGGUCAAUUAUUAGCAGUAUCAAAAAAUGCAGGUGCUGUUUAUGUUUAUUUAACAAAGUUAUCAAUGUUAGCAAGUGUUUGGCAACAAAAAAUAGCUUUUAUGACAUCACUAUGUGAAGUAUCGAUUUAUGAUCAUCAAACAAAAACAAAAAUUGAUAAUGUUCAUUUAACAACAGAAAUUGAACCGAGUGUACUGGCAAUGAGUGAUCUUUAUAUUGCCGUUGGAUUUAAUAAUCAUGCUUUAUAUUAUCGUAUUCAAAGUUUUGAAGAAGUCAUCAAAGCUUCUGAACAUGAUUAUUUAAGUACAAUAUCAGAAUUACAAAUAAAUUCUCAUUAUGCAGCUGCUUUAAUGACUGGACGUAUUCAAUUACAUAUGAUUGAAGAAUCAGAACAACACAGUGAAGAACGUCAUUCAAUUAUGUUUCCAUUACCUGAUACAAAUGAUGGAAAAGUUGUUUGUUAUUGUCUUACAAGAGAUUUUCUUAUUUAUGGUACCGAUAAAGGUACAUUAAUAUUUUUUCAUAUUGAAGAAUGGCAAAUAGUUAAUAAAUUUGAUAAACAUAAAACAAGUAUACAAAAAUUAUUUACAGAAAAUUUUGGUACAUCAGUAGCAUUUAUUGAUCAAAAAGGUGAUGGAUAUUUAUAUAAUGUCUUUUUUGACCAUCCAAGUAUUAUUCAAAUACCAAAUCUUCCAUCGGGAACAAAAUCUAUUCUAUGGGAAACUAGUUUGGAAAAUGAGUGGAUAUUCAUUAGUUUUGAUUCUGAUUCCAUAACAACAUAUUCUGUCUAUCGAGACUCUUUAAAAGGUCCUCAAAUAAUGUUUGUUGGUACAACACGUUUACCAAUAUUUGGUUCAGUACCAUUACUUCUUAAUACUGGUCUUCUUCUUUUACUUGAUUCAAGUGGAAAAAUAGUUCAAACUAAAUUAGAAACAUAUGGAUUUUUAAAUGAUUCAGGCGAACAAGAAUAUACACUUGAUGAUGCUAUAGAUCGAUUAUCGAAAGCUAUUCUUAUGAAACGAUAUGACGAUGCAAUGUUUUGGGCUAAACAACUUAAUGAUAGUAAUGAAUGGAAUAAAUUUGCAACUGCUUUACUCUAUUCAUUAAAUAUUGAUUACGGUAGAAAGCCUAAAAAUUUCUUUUCGUUGUUUAAUAUUCUCAAUCGAUAUAUUUUAGCUAUAAAAGUUUUUCGAGAAAUCGGUCAUUCGGGUAUGGUUAUGGCACUUGAAGAAAUAAAACAUGUAGAAGAUAAAAAUCUUGUUUCUGCACAUUUUGCUGCUCUUUUUGGUGAUUAUGAUCUUGCACAAGAACUUUUUCUUAAAUGUGGUUGUCCACUUGAAGCAUUGAAUAUGCGACGAGAUUGUAUGCAAUUUGAAGCAGCAAUGACACUUGCAAAAGCUUAUGAUCCUGAACAAAUUCCUUAUAUAUCGACAGCACACGCUGAACAACUUGAAUUUACUGGAGAUUCAAGUUCAGCAGUUAAAUUUUAUGAACAAGGUAUAACUAAAAAAGAAAAGGAUUUACAACAUGAUCAAAAAUGUUUCAUUGGUCUUGCUCGAUGUUAUAUUAAAGUUGGAGAUAUUAAAAAAGGUACUACAAUUGCAUUACGUUUACCUGGCAAAGAAAUAAAAGAAGAAUGUGCAAAAUUACUUGAAGGAUUGAAACAAUGGGCCGAAGCGGCGGAAUUAUUUGAAAAAGCUGAAUGUUGGGACAAUGCUGCUAUAGCUUAUAUUAAAAUGAAAAAUUGGGUUAAAGUUAGUGAAAUUCUUCCAAAUAUUACCACACCAAAGAUUCAUUCAAUGUAUGCUAAAGCACGAGAAAAUGAAGGCAGAUUUAAAGAAGCAUGUGCUGCUUAUAUGAGAGCAGGCGAAUGGGAAAAUGCUAUCAGAAUUCAACUUAAUCAAUUAAAAUCUCCUGAACAAGCCGUUAAAAUUGUUCGUGAAACUCAAAGUAUUGAAGGUGCUAAAAUGGUUGCAAGAUUUUUUGAAUCAAUUAAUGAUUAUAGUUCUGCAUUGCAAUUUCUUGUUUUAUCAAAAUGUUAUAAUGAUGCUUUUACUAUGGCACAACAAAAUGGACUUAUGGAACUCUAUGCUCAAGUUAUCGAAAAAGUUCUUAAAGAUGGUCGUGAUAUUCCAUUAGAUGAUCUUGAAGGUGCAGCAAUAUUUUUUCAAAAUCAAAAUAAUCAUUUACUUGCUGGAAAAUUUUUUAUGUUUGCACAAAAUUAUGAUCGAGCAUUAACACAUUUAAUGCGUUGUACUGGUUCAAAUGAAAGUAAAGGUAUUGAUUUAGCUAUAACAUGUGUUGGAAAAGCACGUAGUCAACAAUUAACACAAAAAUUACUUGAAUAUUUACUUGGAGAAAAAGAUCAAAUACCAAAAGAAGCAAAAUAUCUUUUCCGAUUUUAUUUAAGUUUGGGUCAAUAUAUAGAAGCAUCAAAAACAGCUAUUAUAAUAGCUCAACAAGAUCAAGAAUCAGGAAAUUAUCGAAGUGCUCGUGACGUUCUUUUUACAAUGCAUCAAGAACUUAAAGCACAACGUACAGCUAUACCAUUUGAAAUGGCUAAUAGUUUAAUGUUAUUACAUAGUUACAUUCUUGUUAAAAUUCAAAUUAAACUUAAUAAUCAUAAUCGUGCAGCUCGACUCCUUAAUCGUGUUUCACAUAAUGUUAGCAAAUUUCCAGCCCAUAUUGUUCAAAUUUUAACAACAACAGUUAUUGAAUGUCAAAAAGCAGGAAUGAAUAAUUCAGCAUUUAAUUUUUCUCUUAUACUUAUGAGAUCCGAAUAUCGUGAACAAAUCGAUUCAAAAUAUAAGAAAAAGAUUGAGGCACUUGUUCGAAAACCAGAUAAAAGUGAAAAUGAAGAAGAUUUUUCUCAAUGUCCACAUUGUCAUCAACGUGUACCUGAUUAUGAAUUAUUAUGUCCAAGUUGUCAACUUGCAUUACCUUAUUGUAUUGUUACUGGAGCUCAUAUUAUUCGAGAAGAUUUAUGUUUAUGUCCAUCAUGUAAUUUUCCGGCAAUUCAUUCAGAAUUUUUAAAGUAUUUAACUGUAGAUGAUACAUGUCCAAUGUGUACAACAAGAAUCGAUGGAUCACGUAUUAUGAAACUUGAUAGUGGAGCAGCCGUAGAUAGUUUUAUUGCACAAUCAUCGGAUAUGUCUUGA